AGAGCGGAGAACGCAGCUGCUCUGAGGCAGCACACUGCUCACGUCUCAAACUUCUUGAACAAUCAUCUCCUCCAACUGGCCAUAAAGAGAUCAGACAGAUGAGAAGUACGUUUUAGGAUGGGACUCCGUUUUUUUAACUCUAGCAAUUUCAAGGAGUAUUAUUUUCCUUGCAUCUGGGAUUAAACCGUGCUAAAACUAACGUCUGGCCAUUUAUUCUUCCCUGCCCUCCAUCCCAUCACUUUAUCAUAAAGCUGCUUUAACCCCUUACUUCACAUUAUGGAUUUCUUGGGUUCUUUACCUCCUCCACCUCCUUACACCUUCACUGUAAUGCCCAAUCUUUCAGUUCCUUCCUCCUCUCCCUCCAUCUCUCCAUCACCCAGCUUGGCCUCCACAGCUCUCUUUUGCUCUUUUCUGUCACUUCUGUCCCUGCUGGGCAUCACAGGAAACCUUUACACUUUAGGUCUCCUGUUGAGGCGCAGCACCAGUAGGAGGAGACGCGGAGGAGGGACAGCCUGCUGCUUUGGAAGACUCCCCGUACCAUCCUGCCUCGCCAACUCCGCAUCCCCCACAUCUUCCCCAACCUCCUCCCCCUCCUCUUCUCUUCAUCUCCAGGUACUGAGCCUUGCCCUUGCAGAUUUACUCUACCUUUUCACCGCACCCUUCAUCGUUUACGACAGCCUAGCCUCCGGAUGGGCCUUUGGGGAACUUGGUUGCCGCCUCAUCCUGAGCCUGGACCUCCUCACCAUGCAUGCCUCUAUAUUCACCCUGACCGCCAUGAGUCUGGAUCGGUACAGGGCUGUGGCCCAUCCUCUACAGACCUCCUCCUCCAGCUCCUCCAGUUUGCUGCGUGUUGGUUUAGCAUGGGGGCUAGCAGUGGCUCUUAGCAUGCCAAUGAUGAUCACCCUGCACUUAGAGAACGGGGAAAACCACGAGGGCCAGCUCUGCGUCCCGGCCUGGGAUGAGCAGAGCUCCAAGGCCUACCUGAGUGUUCUGUUUUGUACCAGCAUUCUCGGCCCUGGCCUUGCUAUUGGAGCACUUUAUGCCACUCUGGGGCGCCUUUACUGGGUAUCACAGACACGGCCAGCAUGGGCCAGUGGGAACAACACAGGUUGUCCGCCCCGAGCACCCAAACCAAAAGUCCUGCUCCUCAUCCUCGGCAUCGUCCUGGCCUUUUGGGCCUGCUUCCUCCCUUUCUGGAUCUGGCAACUGCUACCCCUCUACAAGCCAGACAUGCUGCGGACAGUACCGGUGGGGACGCAGGUGACAGUCAAUCGCAUCCUAACAGGGCUGACCUACGGGAACUCCUGUGUCAAUCCGUUCUUCUACACGCUGCUGACUGGAAAACGAAAACGCGCCCGGCAAGUUCUCACAUCAGCCAAUCAGCUCUGCCGCAAGAGCAGCCCACUGCAGUAGAGGCUGCUUCUCUGCACCAGAACAGACAACAAUAUGAAUGAGUGCAUUUAAAACUGCUCCCAUGUGUGCAGAGUUACUGGAAUCCACAACAAACACCAAAGACCAGUGACUUAGCUUUAGCCUGCAGGCAAUGUGAGUAAGCUUACAUGAGUGAUAGCACUUUCUAAAAGGACAAUAUCUCCUGUUAAGAGAUAAGAAUCAAAACAUAAGGAAAUUUUUCCAAUAUUUAGUGAAUGUUUUCCUGAAAUAUAUUAGUUUCUGAAUGCGUUCUCAUUAAAACAUAGAAAACGUUGUUAAAACUUAUAUUAACUAAUAAAAUGACCACAAAGUUUACAUUUUUAACAAUUUUUGUAGUGCUGCAAAAACAGUUUUGUAAAAAAAAAAAAAAAGA